AUGGCUGAAUGGUACCUGGCAAAAAGUCACAGAAAGCCUGCUUGCAUUAUAAAUAUUUUGUUGAGCUAGGCUGAGAACAUGAGCAGAUUUAUGACAUGUACUCUGUAUGCUGUUUUCUUGCAGACGAUAAAACUAACUCCAGGUGUGUGGUACUGGAAAGAUGAUACCAACACUCUUGAAUUUGCAAGCUCCCAUCCAGCAGCUGAGGAAAACCUUAAGGACAGAAAAAAUACUCACUUUCAGGAAAUGCAUGUCAAGACAUUAAAGAGCAUCUUCCAAGAGGAGUGCAGUGCAAUGCUCCCUGAAAGAAGGCUGGCUGACACAGAAGGAAAAUUGCAUAGGCUGUCAAAGUGGGUACAACAUGAAUAUGUGACGCUGGAUGAUGUCAAGUAUGCUGCUUUGCUUUUGAAAGAAGCAAAUGAGUCACAUCACAUGCUAUCAUUUGAAGCAGUUGUAAGGAAUGAGAAACUAGAUGAGUUCCUCAUGGCCCUGCUCUUCUACCUAUCUUUUUACCUUGAAAAAAUUGCCCUGGAAAAGAAAUGCAGAUCCUUGACUUCGGCUAUGAUAUUUUUAGAGAAUAAAGACAUGGACGACGUGUUGGCAAAGUUGGCGGUGGCCAGGAUUCACCUUGCCAAGGUGUACUGUAACCUUGUCCUCGAACGAGGCAUGGCACAGCAGCGCCACAGGCCUAGUGGAAAGAGAAAAACAUCAUUGCAGAAAGAUCGGAGCUUCUUUGAGGGCUUCUACAACUUCUGCAGCUAUGUGGCUUGGCUUGUGUUCAGACGGAAGCACUUCCAAGUGAUUCGGGAAGAAAUCGGCAGGCUUCUUUAUUCCAACAUGUUCAAUCCCACCUUAAGAGAAAGGAACAAUGUUGACUCCCAGAAAGCAGGAGACCGGACUGCUGCUGCAAAUACAGUGCAAUUGCCGUACCUGAGAAAAGUCCAUACCAAGCAUCCUUCCAUAAACAGCAUGGAUCAGAAGCGCUCACCAGCGCUCUGCACGCUGCUGCCCUUACCGAAGGACAGUGCCCAAUACCUCUCCCAGAACCACUACUGUCAGGGCAGAGACCCUCGACCUUGCACGUGUGACUGCCUGCCAGACUUCUCCGAAUUGCUCACUACCAAGGUGGGCAUCCUUGGAGCUCAUUGUAGUGAGUUAAAAUCUUUGAUGAGCAUGCCUGACGGGACUGUGGAGGAGGAGGAAGAAGAGGAAGAACAAGAACAAGAACAAGGAAGAACAAUGAGUGGUUUCUCCAUCCUGACAAAUGACCUCAGUUUGCUGCCCCUAAGAAGCCCCCGAAACAGGCUUAGUAGUCAGAGCACUGCGCUCUCAAGAGCAAUGGCAGAAGGUGACUGCAGUCAGAGCAACCAGCAGAAGCGGUGUCUGUGGUGA